GAGCAGAGAGAGCGAGAGAGAGAGCAGAGAGAGCAAGAGAGAGAGCGAGAGAGAGAGAGAGCGCGAGCGAGCAGAGAGCGAGAAGAGAGGCAGAGAGAGAGAGCA